GGGGAUUUGAGUCAAGGUUACAUACGAAUCGUACUUUUGUUUCAAGCAUGUUAUUUUAUGAAAACUAAUUGUGAGCUCACUCUUCUGACGUACAUUAUUUCGUGUCUAUUGGAUGCAGUAGAUGGUUGUUGUGCACGCGCGCUAAACCAGAGUACGAACUUUGGUGCUAUGUUAGACAUGAUUGUUGACCGAUGCUCGACAAUGUGUUUAUUGGCUUGUCUUACUUAUUUUUAUCCACCAUACAUGCUUUUCUUUCAAUUCAUUAUGAUUGUGGACAUAGCUAGCCAUUGGUUACAUUUACACAGUUCUAUUUUAUCGGGAAAAUCAAGUCACAAAUCUAUAGAUCUUAAAGCAAAUCGAUUUCUCAGAUUGUACUAUACAAAUAGGGUCGUUCUUUUCUUGAUGUGUGCAGGAAAUGAGCUUUUCUAUACAACGCUCUAUAUAUACCAUUUCUAUACUGGACCAAAAGUGUUUGCUUUUGGAUUAUGGGGCAUAGUGAUUUGUUUAACAGCACCAAUGGCAUUUCUGAAAACAUUGAUUAGCUUUAUUCAGCUUCAUGCAGCUUGUAUGAAUAUGGUUUCACUGGAUGAACUAGAAAGAUCUCGGAAUAAAGCAGAUUAGUUACGUCUGCUGUUGUUAAUUCGAAAGAACGAGGUAUAUAUAUAUUUGACCAAAUAAAUACCAUUCCAGUUAAUAUACGUCUAUAACAUUCAGUGUUUGAACUAACGUGAGUAAUUUUUAAGUACAUUAUUUUGUGUUGCAAGUCCCUUUGUAAUAUUUUUAUGAAUACUAAAAAAAUAACAAAUUUAUGAAACUUGUUCGAUGUUAAACUACAUUGCAAUUCUCACACUCAUUCAUACUUUCAAUCAAUAUUACACAACUGCUUAUUUUCCCCUCGUAUAUUUGCUCUUACUGUCUGCUUG